AUGGCGUCAACGAGGAAGGAGGGCGAGCAGCUUUACGCUGACAUCAACGCCGGCGGGCGCACCCAUCUCGACGUAGAGACCACCGAUUUUAACGUGCUCGUCGCUGGCGCCAAAUACACUUCCUACAUGUGCGCCGCGGAGGAGCUGGACUUUUUGGAGUGCAAGGCCAAGGAUGAGAACCCCCGCGCCUGCGUACCGGAGAACGUGGCCUUGACCGAGUGCGCGCACGCGGCUCUGGACAAGAUCUCGCGGCAGUGCGCCUCCGAGUUCGACGAGGUGGUCGAUUGCCUCGAGAGUCCCAGCGUCCACGGCGAGCUCUCCGCGUGUAGGCACGCGCGUUUCGGAGUUGAUGUGGUGGUGGAGGAGAGGAAGCGUCGCAUGGCGUCCCUCCAGACCUGGGCCAGCACCAGGAGGCGUCCGCAGCCGACGAUCAUCCGCCCCCGCGAGCAGAAGAAGGUCGACGCCGCCGUCGCCAAGUACAAGAAGGAGCACGACAUCACUGAGUGA